UUUUUUUUCAGUGAUUCCCUGGCGAAACUGUGCGAACUGAGGAACAUCGAUUUAUCGACUUGCGACGCCAGAUUACAAGAUAAGGAAACUAAUGUGGAAAGUUUCAUUUCGUUCUCCCAGGAUACUGCUAAUCUUGUCGGCAGGCACGUCAGGAUAACAGCGCAAGACUCAAGCAAUAAAAAAACGACUGGUACUUUAUACAGCAAUCAUACAAGAAAGCCAUCUGGGAGUUCCCGAAGUCGGACGACAAGUUUCUUCAGUUCGAGUACCGAAGAAUCCAACGUUGCCAAUUCGACUCUUUCCCUCCACGACGGCGAUCAAAGCAGGAAGCAAAUCAAGCAAAGGCUCACCGCUUUCUUUGGCAAUACUAAAGAUACCAAAUAUGAAGCCCUUAUAGAUCAAUUAGAUAAAUAUUCGAAACAGGGUAUUCCACAUAUCCUCAAGUAUCCCCAAGGACAAUGCGAGUCUAUAGAUGCCCUCUAUAAACUUGAAGAUGACUGGCACGAUAUCAUAGAUUAUAGUGAUCUUAAUGAGAAACAACAGCAGCAGCAGACAGCGCUAUGGGAACUCAUCAAAACGGAGGUUGCCUAUAUCAAGACUUUGAAAGUUGUCACAGAUUUAUUCUUAGCCUGCCUGAAGGACCUCCAAUCGAAAAACCUCCUCAAGGAAAUCGACACCGACAAGCUCUUCUCGAACAUAACGGAAAUCCUGGACGCCAACGUCGUCUUCUGGCGCAACACUCUCUUCCCGUUGGUCCGCGACAUGAGGAAAUACAGGAGGACCUCUUGCCUGGAGAACAUGCUGGAGGGGUUCCACAGCAUCCAGGACAUCUUCCAGCCGUACUACAAAUACUGCGCGGAGCAGUCCAGGUGCCAGCACUAUUGCAGGGAGAACCUGGACAGCGAGGUCUUCACGGCCUAUUUGACUUGGUGUGAAAGCCAGAAAGAAUGUAAUAGAUUACGACUGAUGGACAUUUUAGUCCAACCAAUGCAACGACUGACGAAAUAUGGCCUUUUACUCAAAGCUAUUCAGAAGAAUACUGACGAAGAUGUGGAGAGGGAGAAUUUAUCAACAAUGAUCAAAAUGGUUGACGAUUUUGUCAACAACGUGAAUUCAAGCCUCAAACAUCGACAAGAUACAGAAAGGUUGAAAGGAAUUAUAGCUAGGAUAGAAAGUUACGAUAUCGUGGAAUCGAAAGACGACGACAUCGACAAGCUCCUGAAGAAGGAUCGCACGUUGACACAACUCGACCUGACACGGCCGAUGCUGAACUGCCCCGUCGAACGAAAAAGGCACCUGCUGCUCGAGGGCGACCUGAAAUUGAAGGAUAGCGGAGCCUCCAAGAUGGAGGUCCACUGCUUCCUGCUGACCGACAUGCUGCUGGUGUGCAAGCCGUCCACGAAGAAGGGCGGCGCCACGGUGCGCGUCGUCCGGCAGCCGUACCUAGUCGACCGGCUAGCCGUGCACGAGCUGCAGCGCGAGACGCCUAGUCUGGCGGUGGUGUACAGGAACGAGUUCGACAUGGCGGUGGCCGCGUUCAUUUUGCAAAACAACGAUGCCAAGAAGUUGAAGGGUUGGAAGGAUGGCAUAGCGAAAGCACAAGCUUUAUAUGCACAAGCGAGACAAAUGAGUUACAUUGCCGACGAAAGUGUAGACACGGACUACAGUUUCGAUUACAAUUUGGAUAGCGACUACACGAGUCUGCAGUUGGUACCUAGAUCUCCUCUCGCCACUUCCUCUAGAGCCAGCAGGGUUUCCAGUCUCGCACAUAGUCAUAGCGGUUCUGUCGAAAUGAACGACCAGUCUUCAGUCGGCUCGGUGAACAAUGCGUCUAGAGCCGUCUCUGUCGAAAACGAGAACAGGACCGGCUCAUUGUCAAGCGACGAGGGUGUCCAACCGCUUCCUCCGGACAAAAGUCCGGUGUCCCAGAAGAAUUCUUUCAAAAACCGGCUGUUCAAUAAAACACCGAACACAUUAUCGGUACAGCCGUACGGCAGCCUGGGCCAGAGCCUUCCGAACCUGAGCCUUGGCUCGCCCAACGUCUCCGGCCUCAGCCUCAACCUCAACCAGCACGCGCUGCUCUCGGUGCCGACGGGCAAGAACCCAGCCGCCCUGAUGCUCAGCCCGACGCACAGGGGCAUCUCGUACCCGCCGCCCUCGCCCACAAGGGGCAACCUGCGCCGCGGGCUGGCCGUGUCGCAGAGCAAGAACCCGCCCCUGAUCAAGACCAGGCAGGUGAAUUCGGCGUGCAGCGUCGGGCAGCAGUUCGACUUCGACGUGCCCGUGAUAGCCGGCAUCUCACAGCGAGAAGAGAAUUGUGAAUCCUUUAAUAGAGGGCAGCACCGCCAAGCUAUGAAAAGGAGUAGUAGAUAUCAUACAGCAGGCCUUGUGGAUGACAUCAAGAAAAACGACAAUAGAGACGCUAGCAUCCACAAACGCUUGUCCUGGAACUACACUAGUCAUGAGCAACAGCCCCCCAAUGAGGACCAGACCUAGCAUACAAUAACGAAUCCUGUUGUGUCUUUUAUAGUGAUCUUCUAUCUUGUAGUUUGUAUACUAGUUGAAAUACGAAAUAUUCUAGAAAGACUAUUAUAGAAACUUCUCAGAAACAAAGCUUGGGUUUACAGGAAGUGUAUGCUUGAACGGUGGACCAACCCACAAAUAUCAAUUAGUUUUCGAUUUUUUUGUCAAGUCCUUGGCAUAUUUUGACAUUCCAUAUACAUUCCAAGGUAAACCUGAGCUAAGCGGUACCGUACCUAAUCAAAUUCUGUCAGGCCUAAUAUUCAGAACAUUUUUAUAAAACAUUUGGAAUAAUUAGAAGUUCUAGUUUGCUUUUUCAUUGAAUAAUUGCUUGGGUGAGGCCAAGAAAAACAAAUUGUUGUUUUGGUUUUUCUGGGGUUCACACAAUCUUUAUUUUUGGCGUGAGUGGAGAACUUAUUAAGUAGAUGAUUAUAUAAAAAGUUGUUUAUUUGAAAACGGAUCAGUACAAUGUAAAUGUUUUAUAUUUUGGUAAACUAGAUAUUUAUUUUUCAUUUCAUUAAGAAUGAUAUAUUUAUUUUUAAAUAUUACUUUAAUGUACAAUAUUUGUUAUAUUUAUCAUUGAAAUUGAUGAAUAAAGUCUUUAUGAUUAUGG